GCCCCGCCGCGCCCGGCUCCCUCCCCUGCGGCGCGGCGCUGGCUGCCGCGGUGUCCUGGCAGGGCGGCGAGGUGUGCCGCGGGCGGGUGUCGCAGGGCGUGUCACGCGGCGAGCGGGAGCGCGAGCCCCGCGGAGCGCAAGGGCGCGCGGCGGCCUCCCCCCUCCCCCGCGCAGCCGGACGGCCUUUCCCGGGAAGAUGGCGGAUCGCGCGGAGAUGUUUUCUCUCUCCACCUUCCACUCGCUGUCGCCGCCGGGCUGCAGGCCUCCCCAGGACAUAAGCCUGGAAGAAUUUGACGACGAAGACCUGUCUGAGAUCACCGAUGACUGUGGACUGGGCCUCAGCUACGAUUCGGACCACUGCGAGAAGGACAGUCUCUCCCUGGGACGCUCAGAGCAGCCGCACCCCAUCUGCUCCUUCCAGGAUGACUUCCAGGAGUUUGAGAUGAUUGAUGACAAUGAAGAAGAGGAGGAAGAGGAGGAAGAGGAAGAAGAAGAAGAGGAGGAGGAAGAGGGAGAUGGGGAAUGCAAGGAGGGAGGAGGACCUGAAUCAGAGGCACCUGCCCAGAAACCCCUUAUCCCUUCCCCUUCCCUGGAGGAGCCCCACAAGCACCGGCCCACCACACUUCACCUAACUUCUCUGGGAGCCCAGGACUCCCUGAAUAACAAUGGAGGCUUUGCCCCAGCGCCCCCAGCCUCCUGGCAGGAGACAAUGCUGUGCUCUCAGACCCAGGAACCCCUUGGAGAGCGCCCUGGCUCCCUCCCACCCACUGAAGAGGGGCUCUGUGAAGAGCAGCCCCUGGUGUGUCCUGGUUGUGACCAUGAAGGGAACCGGCCCCCGGAGCCCCCAGCACCAGGUGGAGCCUCACCCUCCUCGGAUCCUGGCAUAGAGGCUGACCUGAGAAGCCGUUCCAGCGGGGACCACGGGGGACGUCGCAGCAGCCAGGAGCUGUCCUCCCCUGGUUCUGACUUGGAGGAAGCCAGUGGCCCGCGCCUGGGGCGUAUGAUCUCGUCCAUCUCUGAGACCGAGCUAGAGCUGAGCAGUGACGGUGGCAGUAGCAGCAGUGGCCGCUCCUCACACCUCACCAACUCCAUCGAGGAGGCCUCCUCACCCGCCUCAGAGCCCGAGCCCGAGCCCGAGCCCGAGCCCCCCCGCCGCCCGGCCUUCCUGCCCGUCGGCCCUGAUGACACCAACAGCGAAUACGAGUCGGGGUCCGAAUCUGAGCCAGACCUCAGCGAGGAUGCCGACUCGCCCUGGCUGCUCAGCAAUCUGGUGAGCCGCAUGAUCUCCGAGGGCUCCUCUCCCAUCCGCUGUCCUGGCCAGUGCCUGUCUCCCGCGCAGCGCCUGCCUGGGGAGCCUCUGUCGCCAGCCGGGAGGGCCAUUGAGGACUCCCAGGACCCCGAGGUGGCGGUGGGGCCAGGCGUGGAAUUGGUGGACAUGGAGACCCUGUGCGGGCCACCACCGCCCGCCCCCGCAGCACCUCGACCUGGCACCGCGCAGCCUGGGCCCUGCCUCUUCCUCAGCAACCCCACGCGGGACACCAUCACACCGCUGUGGGCCACACCUGGCCGUACCUCACGCCCUGGCCGUGCCUGCUCAGCCGCCUGCUCGGAGGAGGAGGACGAGGAGGACGAGGACGACGAGGAUGCUGAGGACAGCAUGGGGCCCCCAGGGGCCAGGGGCACCAGCUCCACAGCACCACUGGACGCCUCGCUGGUCUACGAUGCAGUCAAGUACACGCUGGUGGUGGACGAGCACACACAGCUGGAGCUGGUGAGCCUGCGUCGCUGCGCUGGCCUGGGCGGUGACAGCGCAGAGGACAGCAGCGGCGAGGCCAGCGAGGAGGAGGCGGGGGCUGCACUGCUAGGCCGUGAUCAGGUCCCUGGGGAUGCCUCUCCAGACAGCCCUGACCUCACCUUCUCCAAGAAGUUCCUCAAUGUCUUUGUCAACAGCACAUCCAGAUCCUCCAGCACUGAGUCCUUUGGCCUUUUUUCCUGUCUGAUCAAUGGAGAGGAGAGAGAGCAGACCCACCGGGCUGUCUUCAGGUUCAUCCCUCGCCACCCUGAUGAGCUGGAGCUGGAUGUGGAUGACCCAGUGUUGGUGGAGGCUGAGGAGGAUGACUUCUGGUGCCGGGGCCUCAACAUGCGCACUGGGGAGCGCGGUGUGUUCCCUGCCUUCUACGCCCACGCGGUGCCCGGCCCUGCCAAGGACCUGCUGGGGAGCAAGCGGAGCCCCUGCUGGGUGGAUCGCUUUGAUGUGCAGUUCCUCGGCUCUGUGGAGGUGCCGUGUCACCAGGGCAACGGCAUCCUGUGUGCAGCCAUGCAGAAGGUCAGUCUGGAGAUUGCUACUGCCCGGAAACUGACUGUCCACCUACGCCCUCCUGCCUCCUGUGACCUUGAGAUCUCUCUGCGGGGGGUCAAGCUGAGUCUGAGUGGAGGAGGACCUGAGUUCCAGCGCUGCAGCCACUUCUUCCAGAUGAAGAACAUCUCAUUCUGUGGCUGUCACCCCCGCAACAGCUGCUAUUUUGGCUUCAUCACUAAGCACCCCCUGCUGAGCCGCUUCGCCUGCCAUGUCUUUGUGUCCCAGGAGUCCAUGAGGCCGGUGGCGCAGAGCGUGGGCCGCGCCUUCCUGGAGUACUACCAGGAGCACCUGGCGUACGCCUGCCCCACAGAGGACAUCUACCUGGAGUAGCUGCCCACCGCCCUUGGCUCCUGCCCCGCCGCUCCAGGGCAGCCACCACUGGAGUGUCUGGAGGCCACUGUGGCUUUGGCAAGGACAGGACUGGGGGCACAUGGGACCUUAAAUUCGUGGGAGUUUCUGGGCUGGGAAUUCUUGUCCUCAACCCCAGGGAACAGCUGUGGGGGCUGCGAGGCAGUGGAGCCUGGCGCCCCCCACUUUUCCUCUGAUGCAUCCUUUCUGACGCCCUCUUCUGUCCUGUCCCUCAGCCUCCCUUUCCUUCCUCCGUCUUGUGCCCUUUUUGUGCCUGCAGACCUUGCCCUUUGCCCUCUACUCUGGGGUCAGAACUCGGGGGUGAAGGAAGGCGAGGCUGGAGGUGGCAGAUGAUGCCAGGCUCCCCAGGGAUCCCCUCCUGCCCCUCCCCUGUGAUUUAUAAAGGAAUUUUAAUUUUUAUAGUGAAUCUCAAGGGAUCAUUCCAUCCUUGACCACAGAGAGAGAGGGAUCUCCACCCCACCCCCAGGAAGCUCGGGGGAUGUGGGGAAGGGUCCCCGAGAGAGCCGCGGGGCAACCAGGAGUGGUUCUUGAUGCUCACCCCAAAGUCCCCAUGCUGCUAGGAGGAGGUGCCUGCCAGGUGCCCCAUCUCAUCUGCUUUGCCGCUAACACCCCCUCAGUUCAGCGUGUAUCUGCCCUGUGUGCGAUGCACCCUGUGUACGUGGGCCCUGUGAUGGCCUCAAUAAACUCUGCUUGGUGUGA